CUUUGAGCUUGUAAUACUCGCCACCCAGCAGGCUUGAUACACACACACACUCUUUCUCUCUGAAAAGCAGUUUUAUAGAAUGGCACCUUCGCGUCAUUCACGAUCACCGUCGCCUCCACGACGACGCCGUCGAUCACCUUCGUACAGUCGAUCGCGCUCGCCCUCUGAUGCGUCAUCACGCUCACGCUCACCUAUUCGAUCGGUGUCUCCACCUCCUCGCAACACUGUUCUGAUCACUAAUCUUACGCGUAACGUCAAUGCAGAGCACAUUAAAGAGAUUUUCUCACAGUUUGGCACUGUGCGCGACAUUGAUUUUCCAUUUAACACAAGAUUGAAUACCAACGGCGGCAGAGCUUUUGUUGAAUACGAAACAAAAGAGGAUGUGGAUAAGGCUAUCAGCUACAUGGAUGGAGGUCAAUUGGAUGGCAAAUAUCUUGAAGUUGCAGUGGCACCGCCUCCACGUCGUCGAUCGCCAUCGCCACCCCCUCGUCGUAGAAGUAAGUAAUGAGUUUAAAAGAAAAAAAAAGAAAGAAUGCCCAUGGUUUGACAGCAGCUAAACAAAAAUUGUUGAAUGCUACGUCAAGGAUAUUCGCCUCCCCCACGUUACAGACGCGCUCCACCCGCACGCGUGCGCCGUGAUCGAUACCGCCCUGGCCGCAGAUUGUCCCCUUCGCGAUCUCGAUCCCCACCGCGUCGUGGACGUCGUUACUCUUCUUACUCUCGCAGCCGUAGCCGAAGCUUUUCGCCCCGCGGCCGUAGCUACUCUCGUAGCCGCAGUUACUCGCGCGAUCGAAGCUAUUCGCCGCGUGGCCGUAGCUAUUCCAGAAGCAGAAGUCGCUCACCUCGCAGUCGUGGCCGCAGUUAUGACAGCAGGGGCCGAAGCGUAUCGCCCGUUGGUAAAGGUCGUGGAAGGAGCCGAAGCCCUCUCAGCCGCAGCCCAAGCCGCGGAAGACGUUAAAGAAGUGUGUGCUUGAUUUUUCACAAAGAAUAAGGAU